AUGUGGCAGUUAAAAGAAGAUAUCUACUCAUUAUUUCAAUCAGAAAAAUAUGCUCCAAUCAAUGGAAUGCGUUCGAUCUCCUGUUUAGCUAUUAUCUCAUUACAUAUCGGCCAAUUAUUGAAUUCAUUUAUUCCACCAUAUCCACAUAUACAAUGGAUGACUUACUUGAAUAGUUAUACAUACAGAUUAUCAGCUCUUGAAGGAUUAUUAUUGGAAACAUUUUUCAUGCUGUCUGGUUUUCUUCUUACAUUGAAAUUCAUUCAACAUCGAGAUUCUUUCUCAUUGAAAGAAUAUCCUUUAUAUAUAAUGAAACGUGCCUGUCGUUAUUGGCCGGGAAUCUUGCUGAUUACUAUAAUAAUGUUGAUAUUAGGUGAAUCCCAAGGAAACUGGACAAGUUUCUGGCUAUUUUAUCAAAACUAUAUUAGUACGGAUCAAUGGUCAUGGGGUUUUGUUAUACUCUGGAGUGUCAGUCUUGAUAUGCAACUGCAUAUUAUACUACCCAUCAUUCUUCAUAUUGUUAUCAGCUCCAAAUCGAAUUAUCAGAGAACUUAUUUAGCAUUAUAUAUACUUGUUAUAUUGUCCAUUGUUUAUGUAAUGCUUGUUUUUAAUCCAAAGACUAUGAAUUUGUUGGUGCAUGUAUAUCAUAAUAAUGCCUUGGCAUUAGGAAUGCCGCAACGGUUUAUUGAUUGGGUUACAAAUGAAUACAAUGUCACACUGGGAUUCGAGAAGGUGAUUGAUCCCAGUCCAAUAAAAUCGUUCGCAGAACUGAUAUACUUGUCAAUACCAGGUCGAUAUUCAAGUUUUAUAAUUGGAUCUAUUCUCGCAUUUAAUUUAAUCAAUGCAAAAAAUAACACUAUGAUUCGUUACGGAACGAUUAAAAAGUAUACUUAUUUAACAUUCAUUUUUCUAUUUAUGAUCAUAUCGACGAUACCAACUGAACCAAAUGAAAUCAGUGAUGUAGUAUUAACAAUUAUGGUUUCCAUAUUACGACAAAUAUUUUCAAUAUCCCAAGCAUUUAUUCUCUUUUCAGCUAUUUGUCCAUCCACACAUCCUUACUAUAGUCCAUGGAUUAGAUCAUUUUUAUCGCAUCCUGUAUGGACACCACUUGCUAAACUGAGUUAUUAUAUAUAUAUAAUUCAUUGUCGAAUUGCAUUGGAAUUGAUAAUGACUCACAGUCAUAUAUUUGAUCCUACACGGUACUCAAUCGAUAUUCUAACAAUUAUAUGCCUAAUACUUGUAUUCAUAAUUUGUCUCAUCAUAUCUGUCAUUUGGUUCAUUUUCGUUGAAAAACCAUUUCAACGAUUGAUCAAUAAGCAACUAUCCAGCCAUGAAAAGUUGCAUGCGACAUAA